AUGAGGAAGCAUUUCACCAACAACAAAGAACUCAUCCGCCCUGCAAUGACGCGCUUUUCUAUUGCAUUUUUGACACUUCAAAGCAUUUACAAACAAAAGCGAGGCCUUCAAUCUAUAUUCUCUUCAGAGAUGUGGGGCACUUCUACAUAUGCAAAAAUGCAUGAAGGUAUAAGGACUCGUUCAAUUGGUUUAUUUGACCAACAUUUUUGGCCUCGCGUGACUUACGUUAUCAAGAGUGUUGCCCGUCUUGUGUGUGUUCUAAGGAAAGUUGAUUUUAAGGAAAGACCAGCCAUGAGGAUUAUCUAUGAGUUGAUGGAUUCGGCGAAGGGAAAAAUUGCUGCAAAUUUUUCUAGAAAUGCCAAGAAGUAUGGACCCAUUUGGAGAAAAAUAGAUGAUAGAUGUACUCCACAACUUCAUCACCCUUUACAUGCUGCGGGAUAUUAUCUAAAUCCCCAAUUGCAUUAUAAGGAGAACUUCUUUGAUUGUGAAGAAGUGAAGAAAGGAUUAUUUGAAUGCAUGGAUAGAAUGUUGAGAUAUGAAGAGAGGCUAGCUGCAGACAUCCAAUUGGAUUUGUUUGAUAAUGCACAAGGGGAAUUUGGGACUACUGAUUGCUGUAAGCGUUUUGGGACAAAAACCACAGAAUUAACGAAGUUUGCCAUUCAUAUUCUUAGUCUGACAUAUAGGACUAGUGGAUGUAAGAGGAAUUGGAGCAAAUUUGAGCAGAUUCAUACGGAAAAGAGGAAUAGAUUAGAGUACAAGAGAUUGAACGCUCUAGUUUAUGUGAAGUACAACACCAAACUGAGGGAGAGACCUCUAAAAAGAAGACAAAAUCAUGAUCCAAUAUUGGUAAAGGAAGUAGCUUCAAAUGAUGAGUGGAUCACUGAGAAGGAAGAACCUGUCCUCCCAAAAGAUACUUCUUGGUUUAAUGAUGAAAAUCUCUUUGAAGUUGAUGCUAUUAGAGCUUUGCCCGUGGUAGCUUUUGAAGGAGAUAAUGCUCAAGCAACACAAACUUAUGGUAGCUUGCAUUCUAUAAUUGCUAGAAAAAGGAAGAUUAGUGAUUAUUGCACUCAAGACAAAGGCAAUAGACCAACAUUGGUCACGAUUGAGGAAGACGAUAAUGUUGAAGUGGGAGUGGGGGAAUUUAUAAGUGGAAGAACUCCUACUAUAGAUGAGUUUGAUGAAGACAAGGACAUUGAUGAAGACCUUGAUAGUUCCCUUUCAACUUUAUUGAUUUAG